GCGUUCACCGAUUUCAAAUUUAUUUACAAAAAAUUUGUAAUGGCUGAUCCUGAAGAUUUGUUUAGUGUUUUUGAUGAACAACCUAAGAAAAAAAGGCGAAGUGAACCUGAAAUCAAACAGGAAAAAAAUCAAAAGAUAGUUGAUAAUUUUUUGAAAGAAAUUGCUGAUGGGAAAAGGAACUGUGAAGAAGAACCUGAAUCUGAGUAUAAAAAGCAAAAAGUUGCGAACAUAUUGGAUGACAUCAACCCUGAAGAAUUUUCAUCUAGAAUACAAAUUCAUACUGUGGAAACAGUUGAGGCCUGUCUUCAUGAGGUGGCUGUCCCACACGAUUCAGAAUAUGUUGCUCUCCGUCAAAGCACAAGUCCGCCAUCAAGGAAAUAUCCAUUUAUUUUGGAUCCCUUUCAGAAAGAAGCCAUUUUAUGUUUGGAAAACAACCAAUCUGUUCUCGUGUCAGCUCACACUUCUGCUGGAAAAACUGUUGUUGCAGAAUAUGCCAUUUCUAUGUCAUUAAGAGAUAAACAAAGAGUAAUUUAUACUACUCCAAUCAAAGCUCUGAGCAACCAAAAAUAUCGGGAGUUUUAUGAGGAGUUCAAAGAUGUUGGUUUGUUAACUGGAGAUGUUACCAUAAAUCCAUCUGCUAGUUGUUUAAUAAUGACAACAGAAAUUUUAAGAAGCAUGUUAUACAGAGGAUCUGAAGUUAUGAGAGAAGUUGGCUGGGUUGUUUUUGAUGAAAUUCAUUAUAUGAGAGAUAAAGAAAGAGGUGUGGUAUGGGAAGAAACAAUCAUUUUAUUACCAGAUAGUGUGCAUUAUGUUUUUCUGUCAGCUACUAUUCCUAAUGCAAGACAGUUUGCCGAGUGGAUAUGUCAUCUUCAUCAUCAGCCUUGCCAUGUUGUUUAUACCGAUUACCGACCUGUGCCUCUUCAGCAUUACAUUUUUCCUGCUGGUGGAGAUGGAUUACAUCUGGUUGUUGAUGAAAAUGGUAAUUUUCGGGAGGAAAAUUUCAAUACUGCUAUGAAUGUAUUGCAAGUAGCUGGCGGUGCAGCUAAAGGAGACUCGGCAAUGAGAGGGAGGAAGGGAGGCAUGAAAGAUGGUUCGAACUGCUACAAACUUGUUAAAAUGAUAAUGGAAAGAAAUUUUGCUCCGGUAAUUGUUUUUAGCUUCAGCAAAAAAGAGUGUGAAGCUUAUGCACUGCAAAUGGCUAAAUUAGAUUUCAACAGUGCUGAAGAAAAACCUCUUGUAGAAGAAGUGUUCAGAAAUGCUAUGGAUGUAUUAUCAGAUGAAGAUAAAAAAUUGCCUCAGGUGGAACAUGUGUUACCUCUUUUAAAACGUGGUAUUGGUAUUCAUCAUGGCGGUCUUCUUCCAAUUCUAAAAGAAACGAUUGAAAUUUUAUUUGCAGAAGGAUUAAUUAAAGCAUUGUUUGCAACUGAAACUUUUGCUAUGGGUUUAAAUAUGCCAGCUAGAACAGUUUUAUUCACAAAUGCACGAAAAUUUGAUGGCAGAGAUUUUCGCUGGGUCACGUCAGGGGAGUAUAUUCAAAUGAGUGGCCGAGCUGGACGAAGAGGUCUCGACGAAAGAGGCAUUGUUAUUUUAAUGGUUGAUGAAAAAAUGAGCCCUUCUGCUGGAAAGGACAUUGUGAAGGGAUUACCAGAUCCAAUAAACUCAGCUUUCCAUCUGACAUACAACAUGGUGUUGAAUUUGUUGAGAGUUGAUGAAAUCAACCCUGAAUAUAUGCUUGAGCGUUCAUUUUUCCAAUUUCAAAAUUACUCCAUAAUUCCUCAGCUGUGUGACAAAAUAAAAAGUUUGCAAGAAGAGCAUGAUAGCAUAGACAUUGAAAGAGAAGAAGAAGUUGAGUUGUAUUACAAAAUCCAAAAACAGCUAGCUGCUUUAUCAGAAGAAAAUCGUUCAUAUAUUGUCCAGCCAGAACAUUGUGUGCCUUUUUUUCAACCAGGUCGUCUAGUGAAGGUAAAGAAUGGUGAUGAUGAUUUUGGAUGGGGAAUAAUAAUCAACUACCAAAAGAAGACCCUGUCUAUAGAACACAAAAAAGAUCCUGAGGUUUUCUACGUUGUGGAUGUCUUGUUAGAAGUAUCUCGUGAGAGUGCGGAUACAAAAAUUACUUCAAGUUUAAAGCCACCACCAUCUGGAGAAAAAGGAAUAAUGCAGGUUGUUCCAAUUAAAUUAAACCUGAUACAACAAUUGAGUUCAGUGCGUGCGUAUUAUCCUGAAGAUUUAAGACCAUUGGAUAAUAGGAUGAAAGUUUUGAAAACUAUUCAGUCUAUCAAAGACCGUUUUCCAGAUGGCCUACCAAUACUUGAUCCUAUUUCGGACAUGAAGAUAAAAGAUCCCGGUGUAAAAGAAGUUGCAAAGAAAAUUGAAGCUUUUACAUCUCGAUUAAAUCAUCAUCCCCUCCAUAAUAAUCCAGCAGCUGAAAAUUUGCUUGGACUUUAUAAAAAGAAAUUGCAGAUUGAAGAACAAAUAAAAGAAAAAAAGGCAGAGUUGAAAAAAGCUCGAUCUCUACUACAAAUGGAUGAGCUAAAAUGCAGGAAAAGAGUUUUAAGGAGGAUGGGUUAUUGUACUGCAUCAGAUGUCAUAGAGAUCAAAGGUCGAGUAGCAUGUGAAGUUAGUAGUGCUGAUGAACUAUUGCUGACAGAAAUGGUUUUCAAUGGUGCUUUUAAUAAUCUCAAUAUCCAUCAAACUACAGCCCUCUUAAGCUGCUUUGUUUUUCAAGAAAAAUCAAAUGAAAUGCCUAAAUUAACUGAAGAGUUAUCUGGCCCUCUUCGUUUAAUGCAGGACACAGCUAGAAGGAUAGCUAAGAUCAGUAAAGAAUCAAAGCUUGAUGUCGAUACAGAUCAAUACGUUGACAUGUUUAAACCUCAUUUAAUGGAUGUUGUUCAUGCAUGGAGCAAAGGGGCAAGCUUUGCCCAAGUUUGCAAAAUGACUGAUGUUUUUGAAGGAAGUGUUAUUAGGUGCAUGAGGCGGCUAGAAGAAUUAAUGAGACAGAUGUGUCAAGCUGCUAAAGCAAUAGGAAAUACCGAAAUGGAAAAUAAAUUUUCAGAAGGUAUUAAGCUCAUUAAAAGAGAUAUUGUGUUUGCUGCAAGUUUGUAUCUAUGAAACAGGAAAUCCUAAUUUUCAUGCUUGUAAAAAAAUAUAAAAAAAGGACCAUAACAUGUAAGGCAUAUGAGGGAAAAAACAUUUUGACAUCUGCAUUCGAAAAUGUACAUAUGUGUAAAUAAAAGAAGUUGCCCUUAAAAGUUUUUUAAAAGCUUUUUGUAUAUAAUUGAAAUUUUAUCAAUUAAAAUUUUAAUACAUUUCUUUAGACUCUGCAGAAAUAACAAUUUGCCAACCCUGAUCUAAGAAAUUGUUAGUAAUAAAGAAAUGCAUUAAGAGUUUACUUUUCAUGUCUCUUCUUGUCUCUAUUUUUUUUUUUUUUUCAAAUUAAUAUUUGAACAAGAAACUUUUUCUCUU